UGACGGGAAGGGCGGGGCUGAGCGCGCGCGCCACGCGGUUCCGGGAUGAGCACGGAGAAGGGGAAUGUGCGGCGCACGCGGGCCCAGCGGCACCAGAACGCCAGCGCCUUCCGCAACGACAAGUACGACCGCAGCGCCCGGCGCAAGAAAAUAAAUGCUAAGCUUCAUGAUGGAGUGUGUCAGCAUUGCAAAGAUAUCUUGGAGUGGCGGGUAAAAUUCAGCAAGUACAAACUACUAUCAAAACCUAAAAAGUGUGUGAAGUGCCUUCAGAAAACUGUAAAAGAUCCAUACCAUAUUAUUUGUCGGCCAUGUGCUGGUAAACUAGAAGUUUGUGCUAAAUGUGGAAAAGAAGAAGAAAUAGUCAUUCCGAUUGAUAAAGGACAAGAUGGAACUGAAAGUGUGACUACUAAAAAUGGCCAAGAGAGCAGUGAAUUGGAGAAUGAACUGGCUAUUAGUACGAACUUCAGUAGUACAGACAGCGAGGAAGAUUCUGAUGUGCUUGAAGAACGAUUUAAAAGUAUGAAUUUUGAAAGAUAUGGGCCCCGUAUCUGUGUGGCAGUUGCUGUUCCAGAAUAUAUUGUAUAAAUCAAGACAAAUGCAUGAGGUCACAGGAGCUACAAGGCCAGCAAGAGAUUAGCAGCAGAACCCAAAACUCUGAAACACUUACAUCCUACAGGAAUGCCUUACCCAUUCAAUAUUAAUUCCCACCAAGUACACACAAAUGAGAGAUGUGACGAGAAGGAAGUUAACACUUUAAUAAAUGUGGAACAAAGAAAACAGCCCUGCAAAAACCUUUGUGCUCAAAAAUCGGCACAUUUGCUUGCCAGUGGUGUAUGAUGACUGGCUGAGCAAAGAUGCAAGUCGUUCUGGUGCUGUUUUUACAGAUGUCUUCGUUUCUUUUUCGAAAAAGCUCCCUUACGACACCAGAUGUCACUAUAACGAAGUGAAAAGGAAAGCGCGAAAGUUGGCUUCACACUGUGGGUUGAUAAUAGAUUUAAAACCCAUCAACGAUCUCAGGACUCCAGGCUGGGUGUCUCCAGUGCUUUGCUUUCGUACCCCUGAAAAGCUGGCCAGCUUUUAUCUUGCAGGGAUGAAACUGAUCUCUGCAGGAAGCGGCAAUGCAGAUGAUCUGCCCUUCAAGUGCAGACACCAGAGCUGGGAAUUCUUUGAGUCUGCUUUUAGGGAAAGCUUAAAAGGCUGUGCUUCCCAGCCUGGCCUCUGCACCUGCAGCUGCAAUACCACAAGUAUGUAAAGUCAGUGCUAACAAGCUCAUUCAGUACUCUGCCCCCUGUCAUAGGAGUGGAAAGAACAAACAACACUGCACAAACCACAAAUCACACCAAAGAAAGGAUUACACAUUGGCAUGUUAAGCUCAGCUCAUUAAUUUCCUCAGGAGUCUUGGAAAUCUGAUGCAGAGUAGCUGAGAGAGAAAGAAGACUGAAAAAUAUUGCCACCAAAUGACAUUUCCUUCAGAAGACCUUUUCAGCAGCAGCUUCUCAGGAGCACCUCUGAGCUGCUAAGUCAACAGAGCCUCAAAGUAAGUGUGCAUCAGGGCGUCAAAAGUGUGCAUCAGGGCCAACAACAUUUUUACUCUUCUCUCAGUUAGCUGAGAACAAGAGUAGAUGAGGAAGAGUUUGGCUUUCUGUGUUUUAUUCCACCUCAAUAAACACUUGUUUAUAUACCAUGGUGGACCCGCACUGACUAACAGCUAAAUGUCCUCACAGCCGCUCACUUGUCUUCCUCUCCCAUGACAUGAGAGAAAGUAGAAGGAAGGUGAGGAGAUUUGAGGAUGGAGAGAAUGACAAGUUAGUAGAGACAGAAAAGGCACAUGUGCAAGCAAAGCAAAAGGAGGCAUUCAGCACUUCCUGUGGACAAGCAGAUAUUUAGCGGCUCCCUAGAGACCAGGGUUUCAUCGUGCGUAACAUUUACUUGAGAAGACAGACACCAUUAAACACCCACCCUCCCCAUCCGCCCUCCUCCUCUCCCUCAGCUUUUAUUGCAGAGCACAAGGUGAUAUGUUAUGGAGUAUCCAUUUGGCCAAUUCGGGUCAACCGUCAUGGCACACAAAGGUGUCCCCUCCUAGCCUUCUGCCCACUCUUGGCCUACUCCUUAGUGGGGGCAGACAGUGAAAGAGAGAGAGCUUUGACUCUGAAAGCACUGUCCAGCAACAGCCCAAACACAACUGUGCUAUUAAGACUCUAUUGGUCACAAAUGCAAAGCUUGACACCAUAUGGGCUGUGGAGAAAUUCAACCCUGUCCCAGCCACACCCAUUACAUUUAUGUACUGAGUUUGCUUUCUGAAUUGUCUCAGUGCCACAGUAAUCUCAAGUUUAAGUGUCAAAACCAGAAUUUGUUGUAAAAUUUCUGAUACAGGCCUUUCUAAGCAUAGAUUAAGCAAGUCUGUAAGAAAAUUCAUGAGCAUGCACACAGGGAUACAUAUGCAUAAAUCUGACGAAACACUUGCCUCUCACUAAAAGUUAGUUGCUGUAUUUAGUAAGUGGUAAAAUGCAUGAUAAGCAACUAUUUUAUUGAAAGAAAGACUUGAAACCUGAAUAUUUAAAGAAAUCAGUAUCUUCUUCAUUAGUUAGGCAUUUGAAGACUGAAAAAAACUGCCUCUGAGGUGCUGGAUAUUUAGGUUUUGGAUAUUUGGAAUCAAAGCUUGACGAGUUUGUGGAAAGCAGGUGGUUUGUCUUUUCUUCUUUGAGAGCUUCCUGGAUUACUUCACUUUACAGAUGUUUGUGUUCUGGAGAAGUAACAUGAGGGUGGUCACGAGCAGAACAAGUUACAGUUGUAAGUGCUUAGGCAUAGACGUGUAAAAACUACUUAUGGGCAACUGCUGAAAAGAGGGGUUCUUUUUUAUUCCUUUCACAAUUCAUUUAGUAUUCUGAUAUUCAUAACUGGCAGUUAGUCAUGCGCAUGAAAGCAUUCAGAUCCACAUCAGCAUGUUGUUUUAAUUAGUAUUAAGGACUUCUAUAGUACUUAAUAGAGCAGCACUGCAUAACAUUUUUGUUCUAGAAGUACUGAAGGGUUUUCUGAGAAUUAUGUAAUUGCUCAUUUAUCCAGCUGUUUAAAAAUCAAUGGGAAUUUCACUAAUGAAUCUAAUGGUCUUUGGAGCUUGCAUUUUUACAUUUGUACUAUGCUAAUGAUGAUUUUGACUGUAAAGCCUUGGGCAGUUGUAGGCACUUAGAACAGAACUUUUUUCUGCUGAGAAGACCUCAUGGGCUUGUGGAGUCUCACUAUAAUGUGACGAUUCACAAGUGUAUUUGCUUACAAAUAGUAACAACCUUGUUUAUCCAAACUGGUCACACAGAAACUUCUUUGAAAAGCAUUUUACCAGUAUCUAUUUCUGAUGUGAAGUUUCCUUGGUGGAAAGGCUGUUGUUCCAGAGGAUGUCUCAACUCUGAGGUAGAUUUUGGUGUAAAUGGCUUUCCAACUGAAUAAACUAAUGUAACUCCUUUUCAUCCCUGAAGUGAAUUCUCUUACCAAAGUCUCAGGAAACUUGAUCUGAAGGAUCCAUCUUCUAAUGGCGCAAGAAUCUUGGGCAGAGAGGUACUGGAUAAGGUGGCUAGCAGCCAUGCCUCUGUUUUUCUAGCCCUUUCUUGGGAAGUGGCAAGACCAAAGAUUUCCAGCAGAAUGAACAACCCUCCGUUUGCCGACCAGACUUCUCCAACACUCCUGUGCGCUACUAGUGUACACAAUCUAUGCAACUUUACACGGUCGUGACAAUCGCUAGAUGCCCUGUUAGGACACUCUCAAAGAAAAGACAUUUGACUGCUUUUUGCUUCUGAGGGCAUUUUUUUUCACUGAAAGCAAAACAGAUUUAUCAGGAUCAGUAAAAUUGUCCCUACAUUCCUCAAUAUUUCUUUGUGUGAUCCUAAAUGAUUUCUAUGGUAACAGCAGAACAGUAUUUCUAUAUUUAGAACGUCACACUGGGGGUGGGCAUCAGUAUUCUCUGUUGAAAGGUAUUUGCAAUUGAAUCAUUAUAGGUAAAAUCUAAGGGCUGCUCAAAAUAAACUAUACAUUUUUUUAUUGUUUGACUAUUUAGGGGAGAUAUAGCAGACAAAAAGUUCAUUUUUAUUCACAGUUUGUCUCAUGAAUCACUUGCCUUGACUGCAGUAAAUAUGGUGACUGGAUUAGCUAUACCAGCAAUAUUCAGCUGUCAAGAACUCUUCUUUACAUGCCUGAAAUCCCAAAAGUCUCAAAAUUAAAUGUCUGGUCGCAAUCAUAACCAGUGAUGUCCCUAUAUUUGUACCAUGAUUUAUGAUGCACAAGUUAAUUAAAGGCCAAAUCAAAAUCAUGACAUGAAAAUGCAAAUGAAAGUUACAGCUUUUGCAAUGCAGUCCUGAUUUAGUGCUAGUAAUAAUGUUGAAUGUACAAAUAAAAUUAUUGUUAAAAUGAUUUAAAAUUAGUGUUUGUUUUCACAGAAUAAAUCUAAUCGUGCUUUGCUGGAUAAUAUAAGUAGGCCUGUUCCUGAUGUUCUUUAAAAUGGAUAAAGCAGUGGCUAGGUCUCUAUUAAAUGCUGAAAGCAGAUUUUUUUUCAAGGAAUAUUUGAAGUUGAACUACAGUGCUUCAUGUAUUGCAUAUGGCAGUACCUUAAAGGAUACAGGUCAUCAAAUUAGUAAACUAUAUAUGGAACAAAAUAUUGUUACCUGAAGUGCAUGAAGAUGGAGCAAGUUAUGUUCUGUAAAGAGGUGUAAUAUAACCUUUUAGGAACUGGAUGUAACAGGAAAAUAAUUUCUCUCUGCAAGUUCUUGCUUGCUAACAUAAAAUAGCAUGUAACAAGAGGACUUUUGCUUAUCAAAUGGCAGACAUUUUUAUUAGUCAUUUGCUGAUUUUUUUUAUAAGAAAAGAUAAUAUAUGUCUCUAAAGAUCUCAGCAAAAUUUUUAGCCUUGUGUCAUUUUGUGAAACCUGACCCUGCCUAUUGCUGAUGUGGUCUAGAAUUAGAUUGUUUGUCUAUCAUAAUUGAUCAGCCAGGAAACAGUAAAAGAAAAUUGUGCUCUCCUCUCUGGAUGUUUCUUACUUAAUUAAGAAAAUACAUAGCAAAGUGACAACAUUGUUUAGUAGAAAGUGCCACAUUUAUAAUGUCAAGGUACCCAAAUGGCAUGUUAGUACGCUGGUGAUGUAAUAACAAUAUGGAGUUAUUGCUGCUUGCAUGAUUUGAUUGAAUUCAGUGAAGAUUUAAUUUUGAGAUAGUAUUUCCCAAUUAAUUAAGCAGCUAUUUAAGAUUUGGAGUUGAAUAAUUUCCUACAUUCUUCUUUAUUGAAGCAGAAUAAAGGUAGAAGAAAAAUCCUCUCCCAAAACUACUGUUUUUUCUCUUUCCUGAUCAGGAGUCGGUUGAUGAGAAGUUAAGCAAGUAGACAAAAAGAGAGGAAGAAAGCCCUGCCUUUGGCUGGUAGAUAGAAAUUCAUAGAAAGAAAUACUGAUUUCAUUAAUAUUCUCUUAAUCAUAAUUUUCAGACACUAACCUCCUUACUAGUAAUUUUUUUCCUGAUAUGAAAGACAGCUUCAAGAACAAACACAUGAAUGCAGAAGGCCUCGAAAACAUUCCAUGUACUGAAAUAUCUUGCUUCAAAAGCCUGAAUCUUCUCUUGGUCUUGUGCAGACAAUCAGCUGCAGUAUGAUUUCACCUUCUGAAAAAAAGCAGAUCUAUUUUUGGACCACCUUAAAAAAAAAAGCCGCGACUUGGUUGGUUGAUUUUCUUGUGCAUCUGUUAUCUGUUCCUCUCCGUUAUGAUUGCUGUUUGCAGAGUGAAGGAACACUCAGAUUAAUGUCUGUAGUGUUUCACACCUAACACAAGCCCAUUCCUUUGAAUAGUUUUACUGUAGUGGAGUCAAUCCAGAAUGCAAUAUAAUUUCAAUAGUACAGGCCAGUUUCAAGAAAUAGAUUAUAUGUUCUCUCUCUA